UCUGUCGUUAUGUUCCACAUUAACUUGAUAAUUUACUGGUGGAAAGGAGCCUAUUGACAAAACCAUUGUCCAAAGAUUCAUCCUGAAGUAUGGUUGAAUACUGCACGGUUUUUUAGCUGAAGACGAGCGGUCCUGCCACAUAAAAGGCUGAUGAUUUUUGUGACACAGUUAGUUCCACGGCGUGAGGAGCUGCAAACCCAUCUGUGAUGCAGCAGCAGGCAACGUCAUCCCUGAUGUCGCUCUUGUCCUGCCUGCUGUACAUCAUCGCCAACAUAACGGCCAUGUUCCUCUACUGGCUUUAUCAACAAGCUCGGGACAAGAAAGCACAACAGGAUGGCAACUCGGACGAAGUUGAUGCAGAUGGAAUGGAGGUUCGCCAACCGAUCCGAUUCAAGAACCAGCCAUCAUUAUUGGCAAUGCUUGGACUGGAGCCUUACCAUUCACACACAUUCUUCGCUUUUGAGGACCAUUUUCAUACUUUCGAGGCAGUCAGCAAAGGGUGCAAGCGAGCUGGCUUGGAAAAAUGUGGUUUGAUAAUCGGUGUGGACUUCAGCGCCAGCAAUGAAUGGCAGGGAAGAAAAUCGUUUAGUGGCCAGAACCUACAUAGAGUGAUCACAGGGAAAAUCUAUAAUCCGUAUCAGAAAGUGAUAUCCAUCAUUGGAAAGACCUUAGAGCCAUUUGAUGAGGAUAAUUUGAUCCCAGCAUUUGGUUUUGGCGAUAGUUCCACCAUGGGUAAAGACACAUUCCCGUUUAUGCCAAAAUCGGAGCCUUGUUGUGGUUUCCAAGAGGUGCUCGAUCGUUACAGCAAUAUUGCCACGAGGAUAACGUUAGGGGGCCCUACAAACUUUGCUCCCAUUAUUUACAAAGCAAUAGAGAUCGUACAAAAGUUACGCAGCUACCAUAUCCUGAUUAUCAUAGCAGAUGGGCAGGUUAACGAGGAGGAUACAACAAUAGAAGCAAUUGUCGAGGCAUCUAAUUACCCACUGAGCAUCAUCGUCGUUGGUGUGGGCGACGGACCCUGGGACAUUAUGGAAAAUUUCGAUAACUUUCUACCGCAGCGCAAGUUCGAUAAUUUCCAAUUUGUGAAUUUCCAUGGGGUUACCACAAAAGCAAGAAAUCCAGAAACAUCUUUUGCACUACAUGCCCUGAUGGAGAUACCGGAUCAGUUUAAGACGAUCAAAUCUCUAGGAUACAUAGAAAAUGGUCGUGAGGGAAUUCAUAAUGUGGUCAAACGGGAAAACUAGAAAAAAUAAUUCACUCAAAUGAGUUUUUUAGUUGCUUAAAGGUAUGGAAUUUCCUGGAUUGUCAUUAGGAAAAUCUUCAUGAAGAAUAUAAAUCUCGAAAGUGGUCAUGGAGUUUUGGUGAUCAAGGACUAAAUAAUGCAACGAAUAGAUCCCAAGACUCGUAAGAAUCCGAGUUAAGUGUUUGUGCCGUUAUUUGGAAAGAGAAUUACUCACUUAGGAACUCCAUCAGUGGAAUAAAUUCCUCAAGAAAUCUAGGAAAAUAUCAAUAACAAAUGGACCCUGUGAGGAUUUAUUGCAGAACAAUUGAUAGAAUGUAAAAAUGCUUUUUAUGGUAUGUUUGGUGUUUGGAAGAUUACAUUCUGCUCAGUGAGUUGAAGACUUUCUUGAAAAUAUGUUUUCAGGAGCACACCAUUUGAUAUUCAGAAGGGGGGCUGUGAUAAAAAAAAUUAAUUGGCUCAGAAAAUUAUUGAAUGGGUUUGAGAUUUUUUAAAUUUUAAAUGUUUAGGCUCAUAAUUUUUAUUUUUAAAAAAUCUCGGUUUUGCAACUGUAGAUGAAAAAUGUAUCUGUCUUGAUACAAAAUCCCAGAUUCAAUGGCAAAUUGACAGCUGGCGCUGCUGAUACUGCAGUCUGGUUUCUUUGAAGAGGAUUUUGGCCUUUGACAAAAACAUUCUAAUGUGUAUUUUAUGAAAGGACAGCUCAUGUUAUAUUUAUUUUUUAAUCAACUGAAAAUGGUAUUUCCUUUAUGAAAUAGGAGUGAAAUAUCUUUUUUACUCCCAAUGGAAUCUGUUUUGUCGGAUGAUCGAGGCUGUUUAUUCUGUGGCGUUGGUGUUUAUAUUUAUUCUAUUUGCGAACUUGAUUUGCAUUUAUCAGCUAUUCAGGAUGUAAGGUCGGAGUAUUAUUCUUGUUUUAUUGUGUCCAGACAUCGCUGAUGUUGUAACAGUAAAAUGUGACAAGAUGUGGUUAAAAUAAGCAAACCGAUUGUGUCACUGAUAGUGUAAUAAUGGGAGAUGAUAGGACUUUUUCUUACUUCUCCAAAUUUUAAAGCUUUGACCUAAGAUUUGAUUUUUUAAGUGGAAAAUAAGAUAAAAAGAUAUAAAAAACAUUAUCUUUAUUUUCCCACAUUGACAAAUGCAUUGCAUCUGCUUCACUGUGGGCCUUCCCCAACAGUCGCCAUGAGAGACAUGACUUCCUGUUCCAAGUGGCUUUCAAGUGGAACUCCCUCACUCACUCACUCCCUCACUCACUCCCUCACUCACUCAUUCACUUUGUGUCCGGUGCUAUACGUGUCAGUGUGUCCCACACAUUCGUGUGUACAGGCAGCCUGGUCUUGCUUAUUAUGGAAAACAAUAUUAUCAAAGUACAAGAUUAAUCAGCAAAAAACAUGUUUGAAGUGAGAAGGGUGGUAUAUGCGAUGUCAUGAGAUGUAAAUAAGGGUGUGUGUGAUGAUAAGGGGUGAUAAGGAUGUACAUAUGGGUUUACAUGUAUGUGCGAGAUCAAAUAACAAGGAUUUGACAGGUGACUUAAAAGGUGUGUGUGAAAUGGUAAGGUUGUAAAUACAAAGAUAGAAGUUUCCUUGUGAUUUGAAGGUAUAGAAGACAUGGCUAUAUAUGAUAUGUGUUAUAUGUGAUAUACAUCUUACAUGAUAAGGGUGUACAUGUUAUGUGAUAAGGUUUGCAUGGCGUGUGAUAAGGAUUGAAUUUAUAUUGGAUAUGAUUGUAUGUGUAACAUAAGGAUAUGGAUGUGUGGUUAUAUUAUAAGGAUGUAUGUGCUAUGUGUUAUAUGAUAAGGGUGUAAUUGUGAUAUAAGGAUGCAUGUUAUAUAAGGAUGCACAUGGUAUGUGAUAAGGAAGAACAUAUAAUGUGAUAAGGAUGCACAUGUUAUGUGAUAAGGAUGCACAUGUUAUAUGAUAAGGAUGCACAUGGUAUGUGAUAAGGAUGCACAUGUUAUGUGAUAAGGAUGCACAUGUUAUAUGAUAAGGAUGCACAUGGUAUGUGAUAAGGAAGAACAUGUUAUAUGAUAAGGAUGCACAUGUUAUAUGAUAAGGAUGCACAUGGUAUGUGAUAAGGAAGAACAUGUUAUGUGAUAAGGAUGCACAUCUUAUAUGAUAAGGAUGCACAUGUUAUAUGAUAAGGAUGCAUGUUAUAUGAUAAGGAUGCAUGUUAUGUGAUAAGGAUGCACAUGGUAUGUGAUAAGGAAGAACAUGUUAUAUGAUAAGGAUGCAUGUUAUAUGAUAAGGAUGCAUGUUAUGUGAUAAGGAUGCACAUGUUAUAUGAUAAGGAUGUACACGUGAUAAUUCGGUGUGACAUGUAGCUUUAAACAAGAUCAUUAUAUUGACCUUACUUUAAACAUUGUAUUAUUCAUUAAAUCUGUUUAUACACUUCUAGCAUGUUUAGUUUUAACCAGAUUUAAGCAAGCACUGCACAGCCAUUAAUGCAUAUUCACUUACAACCAUGUUAUGGAGUGUUUCUCAUUGCCCUGCAGACUAAAACUUGUAGCAGUUUCUUGAGGGGUACAUGUGGUUUUAUGCAUCCUGCGUUAGUUUCAUACCACAAGCCGGACUGGAGUCAUACUAAACUUUUAAGGAGGGAGGCAUAAAACCACAUAUACCCUGAGUGAUCCUGCAACAACGACUUCAUCUUGCCAACAUCUUUCAAUCUGCCAUGGUAAAAGAGUAAAAAAAAAUUGAAAACAGGCUCAAAACAGCUGUUCGAUGGAGCUGAGGGUAACUUGUGCUGUGUCACAUGUAUUUCAUUGACUCAUAAACAAUCGUAGCAGGGUGCAAGAGAUUUAUUGUCACGCUCAGAAUUCCACUGUUUUCUUUGUGGCGGGGUAACUGGGAUUGAUUGUCCCACUCAGAAAUUGAUUUUCCCCACCAUCUAGGAUACGUAGUAUUUUAUCAAGAUCACAAUAAACCAAUCUGAUCUCAACAAAUAUUUUUGUUCCUGUCAGUUAUAACAUGUUUAAAGUCAUUAGCAAAUUAUUCUCCAAAAGGGGGCACGGGUGGCCCAGUCGGCUAAGGCGCCGCCAUUCACUGUGCAGAGUUGUGUCCCUUGGGCACGCCAGAAACUUUUGAUUGUGGGUUCAAAUCCCGGUUCGCCCCGAUUAUGUUUCUAGGUUUGUCAGCACCAUACCUGUGCUUGUGGGUUUCACCGAAGUGGUAAGCGUCUGAGACCUGCAUCACUUCAGGCUUUCCGCCCACAAUAAGCGGACACGCCGCGAUAUAACUGGAAUACUGUUAAAAGCGGUGUUAAAACCCAACUCACUCACUAUUCUCCAAAAAGAUGCUGAUUAGGAACAAAGUCCUAUGUGACAGAAAGUAGCUUCUGUGUUACUGAAAUAUAUGGGAAGAAAGUUGUAAAUCCCAGCCUCGUUUUUGCUUUAAUUUUCCACCAAAGUAUUUAACAAAGAUGCCAUGAGAAACACUAAGUGUCAGACAUUAUAUAGCCAUUGCUUAUCAAGACUGUGAUACAAGUUCUCUAUCAGCUUCCAUGCUCUUUAUUAACCAAAGUAAUACUAUUCCACUUUCUUCCAUGGUGUAUAAAGAGAUUUGCCAUUUUUUCAUGAAAUUGUUCAAGAGAUAUUUGUGUUUUUUAUAAAUAUUGGACAGUGCAAAUGUACAAACUUACAAACACUUCCUAAAAGAUAUAAUGGUCUGCCCAACACUGGAACCCGUAGGCUUACAAUAACUAAGCUUGUGUGCUGUUUUAUUUGGAAAUGUGAAUCCUUUUUGUGUUAAAAAAAAUUAAUAUGUAAAUUAAAUUAUUAUUUUUAUAUGAUGUGUGAUAUCAACAAACGUUAAUAUUUGAUCAUGUUGAUUGUACCAGGGGAUGUGUCGAAGGUUUGUAAUGCCAAUUUCAGAUUCAUUUUACCAUUUUUCGUUUCACUGUUUCUGAAUAAUAUUUGUGACCCACCGGGAAAAAACUUAUGGGUGUUUGGGUACAAUUAUGCUGUAAAAUAAAGAUAGACUUUUGACAUCAACUUACUUAAUAAAUAGUAAAAAU